AUGGGCUAUGAUUAUAAUGAAGUUUUUUCAUACUUGGGAGAAAAAGAAAAUGCCCUUUCGCAAAGAUUAUUAAGAUUAAAGGUCUCACCAGAUAUUUUAAGACAAAAAUAUGAUAAUGUGCAGCCAAUAACACAACAACAACAACCAAAUAAUAGAUAUGAUAAUGCUUCACCAAAUAUUGUUCAAUCAUCAUCAUCUUCUUCAUCAUCAAGAUAUGAUAAUUUUAAUAAAGACGAUAUUAAAUCAGAAUCAGUUUCAUCAUCCUCUUCUUUAACAACACAAUCAAAUAAUAGAUAUGAUAAUGCUUCACCAACUAUAUCAGAUUCAUUUUCAUCAAAUAAAGCAAGAUAUGAUAACACUUCAAAUUCUACACAAGACUUUUCAUCAAGUGAAAGUAAUUUUUAUAGUUAUAAAGGUAGCGAUCAAAGUGAAUCAAUUUAUGGAAUUUGUAAUGUUCAAGAUAGUCAAAGUAGUGAUCCAUAUUCAAUUUAUGGUAGUAAAACUACUAAUAGUGGUGGAAAUGAAGAUAAUCAUGAUAUUGAUUUAAAAAAGCCUUAUUUUAUGCAUGAUAUUAGUGAAAAUGAUUUAUUAGUAUUAGAAUCAUUAGUAAGAUACAAUAAAGUUUUAGAACUACCAAAAAAUGAAAAUAACAAUAAUAUUAGUGAUAUAUCAACAACAUUAUCAUCAUCAUCAUCAUCAUCACCAUCUGGACAAAGAUUACAAGUAUUACAAAGUGGAUAUUUAGAUGAUAAUAUUAAAUCCAAUCCAUAUUCAUCUUAUUCACAUCCAAAAUUCCUUACAAAUGAUAAUUUAAAUGUAUCAAAUGCUUCUUCAAGUUUUAGCAGUGGUAGUAGCGGUAGUUCAAUUACUGGGAAAAAGAUGGAUAAUAUAGCAUUAUAUUAUUGGAGUUCAGAAUUUCAAAGAUUAUUAGAAAUGGAUGAUUGUUUAGAGAAAUUUGAAAGACUUAGUUCAUUAGAGCAUGAUUUUGUUUAUGCAGCUGAAAGUUAUGGUAGAAUUAUUAUCUCUGAGAAUUUCUUGGCCAAUGAAUUGAAAACAAUUAAACCAGUUAGUGUCGGAGGUAUUGCUGGUGGUGAAAAGUAUAUCGUUCAAGGUAUAUUAUUCAAAUUUGCGUUGGAGAAUGAAGCAUUUGGAUUAUAUGGCAAUGAUGAGAAUGCAAUGAAAACAGCAGCACAUGAAUUAAAUGGUUGUGCUUCAUUUUUAAAUUGUGGUGUCAAAGGUUUACAUGUACCAUUGAUGGCAUUUAUCGAUUAUAGAGGCUUCCGGUUGAUGGCAAUGUCAUUAUUACCAAUUUCAAAGAAAAGUUUAAUUUAUGGUAGUUGUGACGCUGGUCAAACUGUACACACAAGUAAUAAUAUUUUCAAUAAUCUCUUUUUAAAUGCUUCAAAAGUUAUCAAUUUAAAACAACAUUUUGUAGAAGAUAUCAGUGGUGAUAUUAAAUCAAUCAGUGGGCCAAUUGAUAUUGAGGGUCAUUUAGGAGGUGAUAAUCGUUUCUAUUUAUUAGAUUUCGCAAGAUUAUCACCACCAGAACCACCAAAACAUCGUGGUUCAUAUCUUUAUAAACUAUUAAGACUAGAAUUGGUUAGAAAAUAUCAAAAACCAUUAUGUAGUGAUGCAUUUUCGCCAAUGUCAACAAUUGAUUCAAAUAAACAUAAUGUGGAAGUUCAAGAGGCAUAUGAUGAUUUAAUGAAUAAUAUCAUUCCAAAAUUCUCUAAAGAUAUUCAAACUAGAGAUGAAAUUGGUUUAAAAACAAAUUUUUUACAAGAUUUACUAUCAAAUAUUUCUGACAAGAUUACAGAUGUUUCAAAAUUACUUCAUGCUGAAGGUAUUAAUAUUAGAUAUAUUGGUGAAGUUGCAAGUCAUUGUACAAGUAUUGGUUAUAAAAGAUUCUUUACAAUUGAAGCAAUAGUUAGAACACUUAAAAGUUUAGCAAGAGAAUUAUUAAGAAGAGAAAUGAGAAAUAUUCAUUUACCAUCUGAUUAUCCAUAUAGAAGUUUAUUAUUAAAAUUUUUAAAUUUAUUAUUUGAUGAAUAUAAAGAUAAAACUGAAUAUAUUUGGAAUAAAAUUAUAUUAGAAAAGAUGGAAAAGAAAUUUCAAAAUAUUUUCAAUAAUGUAAAUACCGAAAAAGAAGAGCCAGAGUUAAAUGAAAAUUCACCAAAAUUACCAGUUACUCCACAAGAAAUUAUUAAAAAUUUAUUGACAACUCUUCCAACCAGAGAAAUGAUUUUAAAAAAAUUUUGUAAAUCAAUUGGUUUGGUAAUUAGUAAAAUUGCAAUUUCUCAAUUUAAUAAUUCUGAUUCAUUCGUAUUUGUAGAUACAGAUAUUAAAGAGAUUAAAACUCUUUCAACUAGAUUAAAUGUUAUUGAUUAUGCAGAUGGUAUGAGUUUAUAUUAUAAAUCUAUGGCUUCAGGUUUAAGUGAUACAAGUAAACAUAGACUAUUAACAAUUUCAAGGGAACGUUUAGAGCAAUCAAUUCUCACCAUGAAUAAUAAUUUCCAAAUUGUUAUCCAAUUGGCUAAAGUUUUAACUUUGUUGGCAAAAACUUCACAAGAUUAUACAAAGAAACAACUCUACUAUGUGUUGGCAAACAAAAAACUCUCUACAUUUGAUACAAUUGGAGUUGUUCAAAGUCAAGUACUUCUUUUAAAAAUUUGUAGAGUUAAAACUAUUCUAUCACAUUUAAAGUUUGAAGGAUUUAUUCUUCCUAAAGAAAUUGAAGAAAUUGAAAUAGUUUUAAAUGAAAUUAUUGAACAAUCACCAGAUAAAGCAUAUCCAAGUUACCUUUUGGCAAAAUUCUUUGAUCAUUUAUAUAAAUAUAAUUCAAAAUUUGAUUACUCUAAAGUUUUAACUGCUUAUAAUAAUAUAUUUAAAAUUGAUCCAAAUUAUCAAAAAGCUCAUAUUGGUAUUUCAUUAUUUUUAUUGGUAACUCAAGGUAGUAAUAAAAAUUUUUCAAAAGAAAAAGUAUCAGAACAUAUUACUAAAGCAUUUAGUAUUAGUAAAAAUAUUGAAUCAAUUAUUGAUAAAAUUAAACCAUUAAUUGAUUUUAGUCCAUGGAUAUUUUUUGAAACCUCUAGAACUGUUCCAAAAUUAAGAUCAAUUGUAAAGAAUUCAUUGGAAGAAAAAUACUCAAUUAAAAAAGAAAAGUUUACAAUUCCUUUAAAUAUUCAAUUUGAAGUAGAGGAUUUAGAUUACUUUGAAAAUAUAAAUGUUGAAAAGAUUUAUUUCGAUGAACAUAUCAAUAGUAAUAGUAUUGAAGUUUUUUCAAAGAUUAAACCAGAUAUUCAAUCAUUUAUUUCAAGAAAAUUAAAAAUUAAUGAUUGUAGUAAAUUGAAAAGUUUAUCUAAUCUAUCAAAUAUUACCUAUCUCAAUUUUGGUAAUAAUCAAAAUGGAAUCAAUGAAUGGGUAUUAUCAGAUUUAAUCACUCCAAAGUUAAGAAAAUUAAAACUUUAUGAAAUACCAACACUUACAGAUUUAAUAGUUAAACUUAUUGCUUCAACUUGUAAAGAUUUAGAGGUAUUGGAUUUAGGUGGUUGUAGUGGUAUCUUAGGAGAAGAUUUUAAUGAACUUUAUAAAGGAUGUCCAUCGGUUGUUAAAUUAGCAUUACCACCAUUUGUUGAUAAUUUAAUUGUUUCAGAAUCAAUUUCAAAACUAAGAUUAAUAAAGUUAGAUUUAAUGAAAUGCUCAAAGCUCACAUUUCAAUCUUAUUCAAAAUUAUUAGAUUCAAGUAAAACACUUUUAAAGAUUAGAUCACCAAGUGGUAUUCCAUUUUUCUUUAUUGAACCUCAAAAUUUAACAUCACGUCAUGAAAAAGUUAAUUCAUUCGAACCAGCUUUAAGAUACUCGAUUGGUGGUAUGGAAUUAUUCAAUAUUAAGAUUGGUGGUGCUCCUCAAGGUGGUAAAACCUUUGAAUUAUUCUUUAACAAUAAACAUCCUUUAGUUAAAUUUAGAGAUCCACCAAAUCCAUCAUUUAAUUUCUUUAAGGCUAUGCAUGCAGUAAAUAUUAAAUCUCAUUCUACUCAACUCAAUAUUCACAAAAAUUUUGGAACAAGUUGGACUUCGGUAGAGUCUUCUCACCCAAUAUCAAUUAAUACAUCAAUAUGUAAUUUCAAAGUUGAAUACCAAGGUAAUUCAUAUCAAUUUUUACUUGACACUAGUGGAUUUAAUGGUUCAACCUUUUCAAAUGAAGUAUCAAUUUCAAAUAACAAAAUAGCUUUUAUAUCAAAUAAGAAAACUAAUGGUUCUCAUGUAGAAAUUGAAAUUAAAUUUAAAACUACAAUAUUACCAAUUUGGAUUGCUAUUACUUCAGGUGGUUUAAAAUAA